AUGAACUACAAAGAACUUGUCAACGAGGUCACAAGGCUCCUGGACGAGUUUCAAGAAGACAAACAAUGCAUUGACAGUUUUACAGAGGAUACUGCCAAGGAUCUUAAGAAUUUCUCCUCUUCUGACCAGAAGUUUAUUAUUGAUACGUUGUAUGGAUGUAUCACGCACAAAAAGCUUUUGGAUGUUGUGGUCAACAUCUUUUACAAUCACCAUGGAAAAAAAUUAUUCAGAGUGGAUCGAAACCUGUUCAUUGUUGUCUGUUAUCUCGCCAUGUUCUGUCUUGAUGAUCUUGGCCUGGAGCAUUUCAGUAGAAUUAUCAAGUCUCUAGACAUCUCAAAAAUGCACAAAUUCCUGAGCUUUUUCUUUAAUAUCAGCAACCUCACAACACAUAUCCAGAGGGAAUGGAGUCACAUCUAUGAUGCUGUUGUUGUAGAUAAUAACUGGAUCACCCCUUUGCUGAGAUGGUGCAAUGAGAUUGAGGUGCUGUUGGAUCAGCUUGCCAAAAAAAUGGGCAGAGGAAAUCUGCCAAAAAAAUCUCCCAGGAAAAACACUAAACCCAGGGAAUUUGAUCUGACCCAGCCCAAAGCUCGACCACUCCCUGCUCCUGAAGUCAUUCCACAGCAGGACAAGCCCAAGCCCAAGCCGGCAAGUAUUCACAGAUCUCCAAAGGAACCAGAGAUUCUGGAUGAUAUGAAGCAGAGGAACAGACAGAAAGCUUUUCAAAUCCUGAAUGAAGCAAACUCUCUGCAGUUCAGAUGUGCAAAUCCGCAGAAGUCUGAGAAAACACAAAAUGUGCUAUCCCAAAUUCUUCAAAGCCAUGAUGCUGAACUCCAAUUUGACAAGCUUUAUACUUCUGGAAGCCCUGCCACCCAAAAGAUAAACAGCUUACCUGUCAGACUGAACACAACAGCCAUACUGCGAGAGGGAGCUUUAUAUAAUCGUCAACUGGAAGAAGAGUUACAAAGAUUAGAGCGAUUAUCGCAGGGUGCAAGCGAGCCGUCUGCGUUCCUGCAGUGGCAAAAGGAGAUGAAGGAGAAGGAUCUGCAGGAAGAACUAGCUGAGCUGGAGCGCCGAAGACUGGAGGGACGGAUUAGCCAUGAGGAGGCAGUUCUUGCACGAGAACGUGUCUUGGAGCAUAACCACCAUAAAGCUCAGCAGACUAAAGAGGAGACUGCUGAGCUCAUGCGCAAGUAUGCAGAGAAACGUCUGAAGGAGGAGAAGGAAAUGAGAGAGCUUGUGCAACAAGUGGCCGAUGGUCACAAGAAUUCCAAAGCCGCCAAAGAUAAGAUGCAAGAAAUUAAACAGCGAAUAGUUAAGGAGGUCUCAGAGCACAGCAGGGAACUCCUCAGUCAGGCUCUGGAGGAAGCCCAGGCUGAGCUUAGCAGGAAGAUGGAGCUUAUCCGUCAGAUUCGUGCUUUUGAGUCAGUACCUCUGGUCAGACAGAAGUUUGUGGAUGACACAGAGAGUGCAGGUCACGAUUUGCUGUGUGAGAUGUCUCUGGCGGAGCUGCGGGAGCGUUUGGCACGCCUGAGAGAGUCAGAGCAGUGUGAGCUGGAGGACAGAAGACAGCGAAUCUUUCAGGAGAAACAGCUCAAAGAGCAGCUACUGCUAGAACAGCUGGACAAUAUCGCUCUACGCAAAAGUCUAGCAGAACAGGCCGCUUUGCGCAGUCAAGAAGAGAAAAGGAUGAGAAAUGAACUGCGGGAGGCUGUCAGUAGAGAUGAGAGAGUGCUGACCCUACAGAAGACCCUGGAGCAGAAACAACAGGAAAGACAAAAGAGAAAGACCGAAAAAAGCAGUAUGAAGAAAAAUGAGCAGGUGCUUCCACUCACAGUGAAGACCACCCUCAACAAAAAGCAGGUUCUUGAGGAACAGCAUUGGCAGGAGUUGGAGCGCAAUUUGGCACAACAGAUUUACGGGACCUUGCAGCCAUCAUCUAAAAAAAAUGGUGCUGGUCAGAAUCACAGGCAAGUUUACUGAUAAAUGUAAAUUUAUACUUUUCUUGAACGAGUAGAAGAAACUGAUAUUGUACAAUGUCUAGGAAUUAUAUAAAAAUAAAAAGUAAUGAUACUUGGUAUAAAAGCAUGUUAUCUAUAUUUUAAGUUGCUUUUUAGGUCAUCGAACACAGGCCUGGUUGAUGUUACCCAAAUAAUUUGGGAAGAAAAGCAGAUUUACUGUUGAGAGAACGGUGUUUUUGCUGUGGAAAUUAAACUGAAUGAUUGCACGAGUUUUUUUUCCAUACUGAAAUAUUUCUAAUCAAAACACUACAGUAACAAAAGGCCUGCUCUGGACAUCAGAAUAAACCAGUUUAGUACAACUUUUUAAUGUUGUUCCAUUUCAUUUUAGCAAAAUUACUACAAAUAUCUCUUCUUAUAUUAAUGCCCAAAGAAAAAUUGUUGAUAAAGAGUGAAUUACUCUAAAACAACUGAAAUAGAACUGUUCCAAACAACAGAAACCAUGUAUUGCACAAGAAGUACCAUAAAAACAUGAAUUAUCAAAAAAAGAAUCUACAACAGCAUUUAGUGGAAUGCAUUGUGUGCGCUACUUAAACAUUCAGAAGUGUACAUAAAUGAAACAAUGAUAAUAAACAA